AUGACAUGUUGCAGAAGGCCGCAGAAGAAUGCAUUUUCAAAAAACGAAAUAAUUCAGGAAGACGAUGAUGAAAAAAGAAAAGUGAAUUUUGGUUGGAAGUUUUUCCGGAGCACCUGCCAUCUCAUAAACAUAAUAUUUCGCCCAUUUUGUUCGAGACAAGUUGCUUUCCUUGUGCUCUUAAUUGUAGUGGCAUAUCAAACAGUUUUCUUUGCCAUCCUUGUUAUCAUUUGUAACGCCUUUGUAAGUCUCAUUGCAGGGUAUCUGGCCAUUGAGAUGCGAGAAAUCAUCACAAAUGCCAUUCAUGCAUUGUACUUUCGGGCAAACGCUUAUUAUGUUGUCAUUAACUUCCUCAACGUCGAUAAUCCGUACGAUCAGCGGUUCGUUCAAGAUGUGGAUUCACUCUGCACCAGUUUCACCUCCCUUGCACCUGAUCUUGUUCUCAGCCCUUUCGUAAUAGCCUUUUACACAUACAAAACUGUGGACAGGGCAGGCUGGCUGGGACCCGUAUCUAUUCUGGUGUUUUUUAUAGUUUUUUCGAUCAUUAACCGUUUCAUCGUGCCCUGGGUUGCGCGGUCUGUCUUCGAGCGUGAACGGCAAGAGGGCUACUUUAGGUUCCUGCAUGCACACUUACGCCUUCAGUCCGAGCAGGCUGCAUUUAGCAGAGCAUCAGUGCCCGAAUACUGCGUGGCCGACUGUUCGCUCCGUCGACUCUUAGCUGCUCAGCAGACCUGGACCACUAGGAACACCCUCCUUUCUUGUAAGUAUCGAAAAAGUACACAUGAAGUACUAAAGCCGCCUUGGUACAUUACACUUCAUUCACAUUCAUUCCUUAAAACUAAAACAGUGCAAUACAUUAAACACUGUGUAUAA